AUGGCCGUGCGCAUGAAGAUCAAAAAGUCGGCGACCAUCCCAAAGAAGCUGAACGACAUGCUCACGGAGGCGCGCAAUCGAGGACAGUACGGACAGUACCUGCAGCGCUGCGCACACGCGACCCUGUGGGACUACGUGAGGGCUCGCCUGGCGCCCGACAUCCCGGCGGUGGACCACACCCUCGAGCCCGGAGACCCGCAGCAGGUUCCAGGGUACAUCGUCGGGAACAAGCUCGGGCAGGGGUCGUUCGGGGCCGUCUACAAGCUGACGGAGAGGCCGGAGACGGGAAGCAGCGUCGAGGUUGUCAAGGCAGUGCCCACCGAGGGCAUCACGCGGAUCAAAGACCUCAUGUACAUGAACAGAAUGAUCCGCGUGAUGAACAUGUUGAGCGAUGAGCAGGGGCGGCACCCGAACAUCAUCCGCCUGCACCGCACCUACCACACGCCGACGCACAUUCUUUUCCGGAUGGAGUACGGGGGCCCAGAGAACUUGUACAAGCGCCUGCGCGACCGCCAGACACUGCAGGCUGAGAAUGCGCGGCCACUGUCCCUGGACAAGGUUGUGACGAUCAUCACCCAGGCGGUCGACUUGGUGUGGCACCUGCACACGGUGGUGCAUGUCUGCCAACGCGACAUUAAGCCAGAGAACAUCAUGGUGAACGAGACGCCAGAGUCCAUCACGAUCAAGCUCACAGACAUCGACCUCGCUGUCUCCUUCGAGGAUGAGGGCAAGAUGUGCAGCAGCCCCUGCGGGACCCUGCCCUUCGCCGCCCCCGAGGUGCUGCUGGACAGCCCCUACGACGUUUGCCUGGCGGACAUCUGGAGCCUCGGCGUGGUUUUCGCGGAGGUGCUCUGCGGGGUGCGCGUGGUGGAGCUCGCGAUCGAGCACGCGGGGCUGCAGGUGCGGCCCUUGGGCGUCAACACCGCGCUCGCGGAGUGCAUCCGCACCUUCUUCCGAAUGCCCGCCGCGGCGGCCCGCCUGCUGGAGGAGCGCUGCCGCCCAGAGCUCCGCCCCCUGCAGCCCUUCGGCGGCGCGGUGCUCGCCAGGACGCCGACGGUCGACCCCGCGCGGCGGAUGGACGUCGACGGCGUCCGCUCGGUGGUGGAGCAGGGCCUCGCGCCACUGGCCCUGGGGCCUGCCGCGCCCGGCAGGUAG